AUGCUGUUUGGUGUUGUGCUCCUCCUCGCUGUGUUCGGCUCUUUCUCGUGUGCAAUGGGUGGUAGCGCGGAGGAAAUGGGGGCGCACGCGGUGUAUAGGCUCUCAGUGGCGAAUGACACGUUAAUCUCAAAGGAGCACGUGGUAUGCAUGUCAGAAAAAGCAUUGGGUUGGGAUACACAAGAAGCGGAAUGUGAUAGCGGUGUUGGACGGCUUGUGCGCCGUCUGCUGAUCAUCAGUACGUAUUUUCCGCCUGGGAUUGUGAAGAUGCAAGAAAGGCUUCCAGGAGGGAAUUUAGAUGAAUGCCCAUGCUUGAAUUUCGCAUGCGAAGACGGCUUGAAUGAUGGCUCCGUGAGUCAACCGGGCUUUUUGGGGCUGGCGGUGGGGUCGCCCUGCUGCGGGUCAAUGUACUCAACAUUUGUUCUCGACGUCGCCAAGCGCACUUUGGUGCAGUCGAUGACCUUGCCAACACUCUUGGGAUCAAACCCCUUGGGCUUCUCGUGCUUGCUUCGCCAGAGUAUCCAAGGGAUGAUGCCACUAGACGAGGGAGGGUUGUCAUUUAGUGUCUCAGUGUACCUCUGUCAUGCGCGUAUAUCAAACAUCAUCAGUGAAAGGGAUGGUCGAACACUUAUGGAAGUCCUCACGGCUGUGAUCAGCACGAAUGAGGCAGUAAUGGACCUGCUUCUCCCACGGGAGGUGCUGCGCGCUAUUUCCGGAUGGUUAGCCGCGGGACCCGCCGCCACAUCACUUUAUGACGCUGGACACUGCUCGUUUGUACGUGGUCCGGGUAAUUCAAGGUCGUCGUCGCAUUCGCGAAAGGAAUACCUUGAAUGUAAGAUUUCUCCAGAAUUUAUCAAUCACCUACCAGAGUUGGAGUUCAGUGUGCAGACUUGCCGCUAUAAGAACACCUUUGAUAUGGCGUACCGGACGUCAGUCCUAUACGUCGAUAUGAAUAGGAUGGUGGAUGCAGACGGGUACCUGCGGAUACAAUCCUCCGGCUCCAUCACCGAGUCCCUGGAGGAAGGCGGAAAGCUGCCAUUACCCAAGGUUGUGUUUGGGGCUCUUUUCCUGGAGAACGCCGUCUUCUCUGUCACGCGCUACGUUCGCCCAGGUUCCGCUGUCGCUGGCUUCCCCAUGAUGCUCAUGGAGGUGGCGCGUCAAGGUCCUCCAGGGAAUGAUGGGGGUGAAGACGGCCCCAUGGAUGAAAAGUCAUGUGCAGUGCCGAAGACGUGCAGGGUCGGUAAGAAGUUAUUUACGAGUCUCAAUCGUUGCGGUGCCUCUCCUGACUGCGGCGGAAUUAUCUCGCACCACUACCACCCUGAUACACUGGAAUGUGAAGUCAGUUUGGAAGUGAUUGGUGCACUGGGUGUGCUGAGCCUUCUGUUCAUUGCGACCGACGUGGCAAUUUUGCUCUUGAGGUGGCGCGUGGAGAAGAUGACUAUGAGUGCAGCCAGUGGAUUAGAAAUGUCAAAGGUGAAGUGA